UACAAUGUUAUAAUAGCCCUAUUUGCUGUUGUUGCUGUUUCAGUUGUUUUCUGGAUAUUUGCACCAAAAGAGAAUCAAACAGUCUGGAGAAGUACUGUGAUCUUAACAUUAGCCAUGUGUUACUUGAUGUGGGCAAUUACAUAUCUAGCACAAUUACAUCCAUUAGUUGUACCUCGUCGUUCAGAUUUAAGACCAGAGUUUGCAGAUUAG